ACAUUGACCUAUUCGAAAUUCGACUUCAUUCGUGAAAGAGCCAGGCGCGCUCAGCGCUCCACUAUUGCUAUUGUUUUGUUUUACUUUGAAUUGUAAAAGUACCUCUUGUUACGUUAAGUCUGGUUAUUGGAUUGUGCGUUCAGGUUAAGUAAAAUGUGCAGUAAAAUAUGAAAUAUCUGUUUAAAAUAAACACUUAACAAGUUACAAAAACAUUGCUAAUGUAAAUUUAUUUUUGUGGGGUACGAAUAUUUUUUUACUUGCAAACAAAAGUAAUACCUAAGUUUCUAUGAUUUUUGGCACGCUAAAGAAAGUGUUGUGUUGUUGGAUGUUAUUGUAAGAGUGAAGAGACUGUAUGGAAAAUAUUUUUAUAACGGAAAGAAGGUGACAAAGGCUGAAAAUGACGGUGGAGAAGAGUAAAGGAACGGACCAAAAGGUACCACCGGCGACGAGGAAGGUCGCGCCCGAUGGCGGGUGGGCGUGGAUGGUGUGUCUCGGAGUCAGUUUAGUUAAUUUUUCAACGCGAUCUCUAGAGCCGUCUUUCGGCUUGCUCUUCAAAGACUUACUCGAUGAUCUUGGAGUGCACACUACCGGAGCGUCCGUCAUCGCCAGUACCUUGGACUCUGUGGUCAAUUUCUCCGGAUUCUUCGUAGGGCCCGUGAUAAAAACUUUCUCGUAUAGAAAAGUAUGCUUUGUUGGUUCGACAAUAUGCGCGCUGGGAUUGCUCUUUACCGCUCCGGCGAACAGCAUGGGUCAUAUACUUGCCACUUACAGUAUUCUGGGAGGUUUCGGUGUAGGUCUAGCGUCGUCAUCAUCUUUUGUGUCGCUGAACCACUAUUUCUCCAAGAAGCGCGGGCAAGCCGUCGGACUGUCGAUGGCUGGCACCGGCUUCGGGCUCAUGGUCAUGCCUCAACUAGUCAAGUUACUAUUAGGAGAGUUCGGGUUCCGUUGGACAGUGGUGAUACUGGGCGCACUGGCUUUCCACGCAGUGUUGGGGUCGUGUCUCCUGCAACCAGUGAAGAGACAUCUUAUCGACGAGCCAGUUGAUUGUGAAUUGCAACCGGUGAAGGAAAUGGAGUGUAUACUAGAAAGCGACGAAGAAAACGAAGACAAAUUCGAGAUUAACCCUCUCGUGACACACCCAAUGCCAAAGUUGACACCACAGAGAUCCCAUACAAACAUGAACCAUCCUUCCGUUAGGACGAUAGGGUUGCCACGCGCGAAGACUUGUGACAAGCCGUUGCCAGAGUUUGAGAAGAAUUGUAAAGUGUACCCAGGGCUGACCACGGCGGCUUCGGUCGCGGUGAUGCCGAGGGUCACCUCCAGCGGCAGCAUGAGCGAGGCGGCGCGGAGAAGGAAGGUGUCUGUGAUAUCCAAUAUAUCGAACAUGGACUUCACUGGAAGCUAUUUGCAGCUGUAUCUUGAUACAGCGGACGACGAGGCCAUACAAAUGAAAGCAAUCAAGAAGUCAGAGCCGGAGAUAGAGAAAAAGAAAGGCUUCAUUAAAAAGUUUAUAGCUCUCAUGGACUUGGAUUUACUCAAAGACUGGUCUUUUUUGAACCUUUUACUCGGUCUCUCUUUAUUUUGGAGCGGCGAGCUACAGUUUAGGAUGUUGACCCCGUUCUUUAUACAGAGUUUGGGGUACAAUAUGAACGACACGGCUUUUUGUCUGUCUAUGACGGCCAUUACGGAUAUCCUCGUGCGGUUGAUACUUCCGCCGAUAUUCGACAGGACAACUAUAUCAAAGAAGAUGAUAUUCUUCGUAUCGUCAUUUUUCCUCGCUGCGACUAGAUCAGUACUAGCGGAGCAGUCUGAGUGGGUGCCGCUUAUGAUAUGGCUGUCGAUAUGCGGGUUCUUCCGAGGCAUGUGUCUCAGUAACUUCACGCUUACCAUCUCGGAGUACUGUCCGUUGGAGAAGCUGCCGGCCGCCUUCGGUCUGCACAUGGUCAGCAAGGGGGCGUUCGUGGUCGCCAUUGGACCCCUUAUCGGCUAUGUAAGAGACUACACGGGCAGUUUCUCAUUCUGCAUUCACGUGCAAAACGCUCUGAUUAUGUCGUGCGUGUUAGUUUGGGGCAUUGAAUAUCUACUCGCGUUCACGCGGCGCAGGAAAGUCGUCCAAAUAUAAACACAACGGCUCCCCGAAGAGCUUCGUCUCCAAUCUCCACGUUAUUGUUAUUUAGCUAAGGGUCGAUUUCGUAUCAGAUAAAUAUCUAUCAAAUUAUAAACCGACUAAAUAUAAUAGGACAAUUGAGUAUUAUUCAUAACUGACAUUCUUAAUUUGUUUACGUAGUAUUUUAUGAAUGACUUUUAUCUGAUAGUAAAAAUCGGCUCUAUAUUAUUUGACUAGUUAGAAAUGUUACGUGUAGCCUUAGUUGCGCUUGAGACUACGGCGAUGAAGCCGAUGACGUCACGAGCAUCAUCGACAAAUAUAAUGCAUAAAGCAAUAAGAUUGCGUUCGAUAAAUAACAAAUUUUAAAAUUUUACAAAUAAAUAGAUUGGUCCAUAUCGAAAUCAUAUCACAAAAACAGAUUGAAUAUAAAAACUAUGAGUUUAUCGAAUGCGUCUUAACGCUUCUGAAAUUGAUCAGUCUUACUUAUAAACUUGUUUUAGCGUUAAAAGGUGGUUAAGGAUUGCUUAAAUGGCUGUCAAAAACAUCACCGGUUUCCUAUUUUAAACCUUAUUAAGAGGCAAGAUGGCGGGUUUUGACUUACAGCUGAUCGAGUAAAUUUGUGUUUUAACUAAGCAUAGCUUUGCGAUUUUUUUAUAAGUAAGACUGUAUGUGUGUUAAUGCUUCUAUGACAAAUAUAUGUGUAUAUAAAUAUAUAUACCAGUGAAUGAUAGUGGGACAUCUAAAACCACACUUUUAAUCCGUAUUAGAGUUACAUCGGAUGUAACACUUUUAGAUAUUGAUUUUAACAAUAUUUUUAGACGGCUGUUUGUAGUUUGGAAGUGGUUUUCUAGGUAUUUUUAGACGGAACUAAUUUAUAUAACUAAUCUAUGAUGUAACUAGUAGUCCAAGUUCAAUCGGAGUCGAUUUUAUAAUUAAUUAGAAGUUCAUUCAUUACAUUGUGAUCGAGGACUCAUUAUUACUUUCAGUUUAAAACGAAGUAUGUGCUAGAUGGAUUUUAACUGAGAAAAGCGAGUUUAAUUAGACAGCAUUAAAGAAUUCAUUUGAAUUUGAUCAAAUACGAUCAUUCAUAAUAAUUUGACUUUACUUUCGAUAUAUAUUAUUUAACAUGUGCAGCCUUAUCAUAUAAGUUUGUACACAACUAAUGACGCUUUAUAUUGAUGAAGUCAGGUAUACUUAAAAUACAGUCAUUUAAUGAAAUAUUUCAAAAUUAAUGACAUAUUUGGCAGCUCUAUAUAUGCUCAAAAUAUACAUAAUAACCUCGUAAUAUUAAAGAAUUUUACUUACAUUAUUAUGGUUUAUAACUUAUGAACACAAGCUUGAUAAAUGACUCCUUGUCUUCCUGGGAAACUAUGUCAUCUUAUAAAGUUUUGAUAAUUAUAAAAUGUAUUUUCGUAUACGUAUUGAAAUAACGAAGGAGAAUGUUUUAGCAUUGAGACAGUCGCAUUAUUUUUAUAUGUAUUGCCAAUUAAUUAAAUAAAAUAAUCUGUAAAAUAAGGUAUCCCCACACCAAUUACCAUAUUUAUUCUUACGUCGUUUGAGUAUAUAUGAGAAUCUUAAACGAUGUACAUAAAAUAGAUAUAUUAAUUUUAAAACAAGUAAAUGCAGCUCCGAUUAUGUUAAUCAAUUCCGUAUAAUAUUAAAAUAGUAUCGAUUUUUAUACUAUACGCCUUGUAUUUUUAAUACAUGUUUUCUAAUUUUUGAAAUGAAUAAUAUUAUCUACGUAAUGAAGAUGCAUGUUAUUCUACACAACCGUCAUAAUAUCGGCUAAAAAUAAUGAAUAUUAUAAUAUCGAUAUUUUAUAAUUUUCAAAAUCGCUUCUAAUGGCUCAUGCCGACUUGUCUUACUGCCAGUAGUAGGACUGUUUUGGUUAUGCUUGCUCGAUGUUAUUGGAAUUUGGUGUACAUCAUUUACCGAGUUAUUCAUUUGCGCUUCCAUGUGUUAUGUGUAUAUUUAGGCAUCUAAAGACUAUGAAAUAAGUAAAAUACAAUAUAUUAUUAAAGUACAAUUGUAAUAUGUGAGGUAUGAAAUUUGUCUGAGAAAGUAAAGAAGACAAGAAGCCAAUAAUGCUCAGAGUAAUGAUCGAUUUUCGAUAUCGAUAUAUUGAUAAUGAUGUGACAGUUGUAUCGAUCAAGAAUACAAAAGUAAUACUUGUGUAUGUGAUUGUGCACAUAUUAUUGUUAAACCUGCGUUUUGCAUACACACUUGUGCACUGUAUCUCCCGCGUACCUGGCUGAUCUCUGUUGAGAUUGGCCGUCAUGGCGAAUUUUGGCUAGGAAGCAUUCAUUAAUUUAUUGUUACACUCUUGGUUGGACGAAACUGAGAGUUAUUAAAAUUCUGUUCGUUUACGAUGAAUUGUUUGAUGAUCAUACCUCGUUAAUGCGAUUGCUGUUAAAACUUUCAUAUUCGACUAUCACUUCGACGUUAAAAGUACAAUUCGACUUUAAAAAAUCACUAACAUUGUGUCACAUAAUUCAAAAUUACAUGUUUCAUAUUUCUGUCUUCCAGGCAUUAUGAUUAGUACUUAUGUGUAGUAAUUUUUGAUAGAAUUUUCAUAUAUUGUAAACAAGUAAGUCAGUAUGAAUUUUUGUUUUACAUCAAAUAUAAUUUCACGAUAUUGAUUGUUUUAUUUUGAACUGAAGAUUUGUCUUAUAAUAUUUUUUUUUCUUAUAAAUGGUGAUGAUAGUGAAUCAAUUGUUUAUAUUGUGUGAGAAUUCUAUUGAAAAAUACAUACAUGCCACUUGCGAAGUGUGCUUUUUAAGUGUGAUGUAUUGACCAAAUAAAUAAUGUACAUACAUUUACCGUGUACUUACUAUAUUCGAUAAAAUAUUCGUAUUAUUUAAUAAGCAAUUAUUGUACUUACGAUGUGGCGUUUCUAUAUGUUAGUGCCAUUUUGGAUCAUCUGUUGUACUCAAUUGUAGUUCGCAAUAUAUUCCAAUAAAUUUUUCGAAAUGUAUGUGCCAAAUGUUUAUAAUGAAUGUAUACAAAAAGACAAACAUGUAUUCGAAGUAAUAAUCAUAAUAUAAUUAAACGUAUAGAUAAUGCGUGUUGGAUGUGUAGUGACUUCGUAUGUUUAUUUGAAGAUGCGUCCAGUGAAGAAUGACACAAAGUCUUCUGAGUCAGAAAUAAAUAGCCCAUGACAGUUAUUGAAAUAAAUUUUAUUUUUAAUGUUUAUACUGUACAAAUGAAUGAGGUGAUUACCAUAAGGUAACGUGUAUGUAAUUGCAAUAAAACCACGCGAUGGGUGGCGCCGUAAAUAAGCAAAAUAUUCUUCAUAAACAAUCAUAUUUAAGGCGUUUGAACACUACGUCAAUUUAACGCAUAGUGAAACAUUGUAUCGUUAACUUUAUAUCCUGGUACAUUCGAUUCAUAUUGCCUUCACAGAGUUAACUACGUCGAGCUUUGUGUAGAGAAUGUGGUCGAUGUGGUGUUUGAAAGUCUUAAUCAGUAUUUAUAUUGUCGAUGGGAACAGACUUACCCAAUAUCUUGAUUAGUGUUGCCAACAAUCCUAUAAGCACCAUGGUUUGCCAAUUUAUUUAAAUAAUGUGCUACUCAGAAGCUGGCAACACUAUUUUUUACUAUCAACAAUUUUUUGUAACUAUAUUCUUGGUAGGUUUACAUAUAAAUAUACAUCAUAUUAUGCCUUUUAGAAAUGAACUGUAAAUAAUGGAAUUGUAAUGUAAUUAAAAUCAUGGUGAUAAGAAUUAUUUCGCUAAUAUGUAUUAGAAUUAUAGUACCUACCUACUAAUGACAAAUGUAUCUUACUGAUCGACAGUGUACCUAUAUUUUGUAUAAAUAUUGAUCGUAGGCAGUAGCGUACAUAAUUGAUCUUAAAUAAAUAACCCUUUUCAUGGUAAACUAAAUUAUUGUUAUAAAUAUAAUUUAUACAUUUUAUUUUCAUGUCGAAUAGGGAGAAAGCCAAAUAAUAUAUGUCAAUAGUUUUUUGGUUUCCUCUUAAAUAUUCAGUAUUUCGCUUGAAGAAUUGUAAUAAAAUUGUUUGUAAUUUUGCUCAAUUUCAAAUGAAUAUAAGAAAUAUCCUGAACACACUAACUGUAAAGUUUCCAUAAAGUUUUGCCACAUCCGUCCGUAUGUCAGUAAUAUUACAAAUUCAAAAUAAUCAUGACAUGACAUACUUUUGACCGCCGUUUCUUUAGUAAUUAAAAUAAAUACAAUGUAUUAAAUGAUAAACAUUCAAAUGUGUACUUAUGUUUAUUUUGGAACGUUUUUUUUAACAAGUGCUUAAUUCGAUUCGUAUACCUUAUCGCAACUUAUUUAAUAAAAUAAGCGAUAAAUAGUUUAGACGUUAAAAUUAUUUAAUGAGCUUAUGCAUUACGAUUAAAUCUGUUUUUGUGUUGUUAAAAGUCAUGACAGCUCUAUGAAUAGUGGCAAUUUCAAGUACAUUAUUUGACAAUAGUUUUGUUGUUUUGUUUAGUACUUAGCGUUUAAAAUGUUGUUGACAAUUAAGUUUUAAAUAACACACGAAGCUGUUAAAGGAAUUCUGCGAGUGUAGUUAGUAUGGUGCGGAAGUGAACUUAGCGAUUAUGUUACAUACUUACUCUAUUUUAGUUAAUUAUUGUGGAAAAGUAACAAGGCAUUGGAUGAAUGAUGAAUAAGAAAAGAUGAAGAAAUAAACAGUUAAUAAAGGUGGUUACCGA